ACCAAUGAAGGGAAGGAGCUUGCAUAUUAACUGCACCUUGGAUAGUUUAGCAAGAUUGAAAGAGAAGAUUGGGGAAGAUGCUUACUCUCAGAUACGUGAUCAGUCUAAAGUGGGAGUAUUGUUGAAGCUUGCUGACAGUUCUUUUGUAUGGUGGGCAAAGCUUGUGCAUCACCUGUUAACUCAUCAAUUGGCAAUUAGUAGGCCAUAUGAGAUUUGGUGUCUCAUUGAAGGGAGUCCAAUAAGGUUUUCGCUUCAUGAAUAUGAAGACAUAACUGGUUUGAAUUGUGCAGAAAUUGAUGUAGAGGACAUAGUGGCGGUUGACCACAGAGAGUUUUGGGGAGAUAUAAAGGUGGCUGCAGAGAAGGGGCCGAACUGGAAUGAGUUGGAGUCAGCAUUAAAAAGUUGUAGGAGUUGGAGUUUAGAAAAGAGGAAGAUGCUUGGUCUGUUGUUCGUGGUGCAUGUAGGUAUAUUGGGGAUAUCUAGGUCAAGUAGGAUUCCUUUGGACUAUGCCAAGAGAGUGCUUGACACAGAGGCAUUUGAGAGAUUUCCAUGGGGUCGAGUUGGAUUUAAGGAGCUUAUUACUUCAAUAAAAGUUUUGAGUUAUGAUAGAACUUCAUAUGCUAUCCAUGGCUGUCCGCAUGUCCUGAAUAUAUGGGCAUUUGACAGUAUUCCACAUCUUGUGAAAUCACAUGGGAACCAAGUACCGGAUGAUGGUGAUGGCGAUGAAGAUGAACCAGAACCAGUGCCUCUCUUGCAAUGGAAUGGUGGUCGUCCAAGAAUCUGUUUAAAAAAUUUCUUUGAGACAGAGAAACUGAGAAAGAAGAAGAUCAAGGUGCAGCAUUUAGUGGUGAGGCCUGUGGAAGAGAUUUAUCCUGUUUGGCCUGGAGAGAAUGCUGUGUAUGGGGAAGGUGUAGGUGCUAAUAAGCUGGUGGAUAAUCUCCUGCAUGAUAUUAUUAAUGGUGGUUUAAAAGAAAGUGGUUUUGGUGACCCGGAGAUUGGGAAGAAAACUGGAAAGAGGAAGAAGGAAGUGGACAGUGAGGAUGAUUUUGUUGACCCACCUAAGAAGAGAAAAGCAGAGACAGAGAAACGCAUAAAGAAGAUAGGUAAUAGUGGGAAGCAAUUAAGAGAUGUGAGUGAUGAUAGUGGGGAAGAGGUUCUGGAGAAACAAGGAAUGGAGAGACUUUUUAAGAUGAUAGGCAGUUUGUCUGAAGAAAUGAAAACAUUGAACACCAAUUUCGUGGCUGGGCUUGAGAAAGUAGACCUAAAAUGCGAAGGGCUGAAGAAGAGUGUGACAGAUCUGCAGGAUGAUGUGGAGAAGCUGAGGAACAAGGCAGAAGAGAAGAAUGAUGAGAUCGAAGAAGAUUCUGCAAAUGGUUCAGAAGAAGGCACAGGAACCAACUCUGAGAAAACCGCAAGUUAGUUGCUUUGGGAGUCACAUUUUUCAAGCUUGUGUCUCUUUAUUUACUUAUGAUUCUUGAACUCAUUGUUUUAAAAAG